AUCGUGCGCGCUGGCUUGCUGUUGAAUUUUUUUCCUGGAAUCUGCGUUGCUGAAUUAGCAAAUAGCUAGGCUGCCAGUGUUUGUUUUGGUUGUCUUGGUUGCCGAUUAGCUAAAAGAAAGAUGUCUGCCACGGAGGACGACACUGAGUUGCGGGAUCUUUUGAUCCAAAACCUAGAAAACAGUGGGGUCUUGAACAAACUAAAGGCAGAAAUGCGCGCCGCUGUCUUUCUGGCUAUGGAUGAACAGGAUAAAGUGGAGAAUAAAACUCCACUUGUCAAUGAAAACCUGAAGAAAUGUCUUGAUACAAAGGAUGGACGCCUGGUGGCCAGCCUCAUCAUAGACUUUCUACAGGUCUUCCACCUGGACUUCACGCUUGCUGUCUUCCAGCCAGAGAUAAACUCACUAAAUGGCCUAGACAGCCGUGAGCAGGUCUCUUGUGAGCUGGAUAUCACCGAGACUGAUAUGAACAGGAACACUCCUCUCCUGCUGGAGCUCGUCAAGAGGGGCAGACACAAGGAGAAGGCCUCCAUCUUCUCCGAGGGGGACAAAGCCACAAACAUCCCCAAGGAACUAUCCCCCAGGCAAAUAGCAGACGCCCGGAAGAAGUUUGAUGUUUAUGACAAGGCCAGAACUGGUGGGAUACUCAAAGAGGAUUUGAAAGUUGUGUUUGGAGAUGUUUUUCCCAACUUCAACAAGAACAUGCUGGAGAAGUUUGUCACUGAUGAACAUAGAGUUGGAGACAAGGCCUCCGGUAAAUCUAUAGACUUCCAGGAGUUUCUGGGCUUGUACAAGCGCUUCUUCAGUCAGUGUCGAAGUGUGGUCACCCAUGACACCUGUGAUGUAAUUCACAAUCCCAGUCAAUUUAUUGAGGAGAAGAAAAGCACUUCACCGCCUAGUAAGGACGAAGAGAUCCCCAGGUUUAAAGGACAUAGGCACAGUGCACAGGCGGAGAAGGCUGACACCAAGGGUGUGGAGGUCAGUCACAGCCACAGUGACACCAGCCUGCGCUUUGGCUCUCUAACGGGCAAAGGGCCGGGUCACGUGACGCCAAGGCACAGCGAGGUGUCCGGGGACAACGACAACGGCCACACGGCGAGCCUGAAGAAGGGGCUGGACCUGGAGGUGGAAGAGGACCUAGACGAGGACGAUUCGUUCUUUGACGACCCUCUGCCUAAACCACAGAAAACCUACGGCUG